AUGGAUGGAGCGAAGAGUAAGCUACAGCUCAACAUUCGGCGAACAUCACUGCUUGCAUCCUUAAGCCGAGCUGAACAGUUCCUGCGGGGGUACGAGGCAGACCGGGACGCACUACAAGUAGCUAUCCGGUUGGAAAAUUUAGAGGUGCUAUGGCAGGGACUCGAAGACACUCAAACGGCUCUCGAGGAGAUGGAAACCGAUAAUGAAUCGAUGGUAAUCGAGUCGAUAACUAUAAGCGCCGCCAACUACCCUCUUGCCUGGGAUGCUUUGGUGGCUCGCUAUUCCAACGAGUACCUAUUAAAAAAGCGACACCUGCAAGCAUUACUAGAGAUACCACGGAUGAAGGAAGAAUCUGCGGCUGCUUUGCAUGGACUGGUGGACGAUUUUGAACGGCAUACAAAGGUACUGAAGCAACUGGGGGAACCAACGGAUUCCUGGAGCACAAUAUUGGAACACUUGUUAUGCACAAGACUGCAUCAUGAAACAUUAAACAUGUGGGAGGAUCACGCCUCUACUCUGGAAGAGCCAUCCUAUUCCAAACUGGUAGAGUUUUUGCAGCGUCGAAUGCGAGUUUUGGAAUCAAAUUCGGUUAAUCACGAUAUCAUACCGCCCGUUAUCACUCCAUAUGUUUCAGGAUCAGCUUCUGGAUCUGGUGCUUCAGGGAACAAUCAACGAUACAAGCGACCAGGCGAACUACGGCUGUCUGCACACGCUAUAACGGAAGUUCCAAAUGCCCGCUCAAUUGAGCGACCAGCUGUUUCCAUGGGUCAACUCAAGAAGCUCACUCUACAUGAAAGGAUGAAUUUGGUAAAUACUAAGCGACUGUGCUUUAACUGCCUUUUCAGUGAUCACUUCGUCAGCAACUGUCCAUGUCAAACCAGUUGUCACAUAUGUCGAAAACGUCACCACACGCUGUUACACCCUGGUUAUGUGGAUAACUUGCCUAUUUAUCAGAAUCGGGGCCAUGAUAAUGCGGGCGAACAUCCGCAAUAUUCAACACAAACAAAUGUUGCAACGUCAAUCAUCAAACCUCUUACGCCACGGUCUAUCGCGCCCAUGGAGGGUCAAACGUCGUCAGUUGCGCCGCAUGCGCGAAAUAACAACGUGUUCAUGCUCACCGUAGUUUUAGUCGUCGUAGAUGCUUAUUGUCAAAAGCAUCUCGCUAGGGCGCUACUAGAUUGCGCCUCACAGCCCAACCUCAUAAGCGAUCGUAUGGCUCAAAUUCUCAGGCUCAAAAGAAGGAAGGUAAAUGUUCAGCUUCAGGGUCCAGGUAGUAUUGCCGUUCGCUCAUCUGACUCAGUGUUCACUAAGAUUUAUUCGAGAAAGGAAGAUUUUUCUCGCGACGUAGAGUUUUUGGUCCUGCCCCGUGUAACCGCCGACAUGCCUGAGAGUGAUGUUGCGACUGAUUGCUGGAAUGUCCCUAAAGAACUCUUUUUGGCGGAUCCAAAUUUCAACAAGCGAGCAGAAAUAGACAUGAUCAUCGGCCUUUCGCAUUUCUUCGCUUGCUUCAAAUCUGCCGCACGCGUCCACCUGGCAGAUGACCUUCCUGAAUUAGUUGACAGCGUGUUUGGGUGGAUUGUUGUGGGUUCAGGCGAGGUCAUUCCCAAUUCACCAGACCAGGUACAUUGUCAUGUUUCAGCGAUUUGUCUCGUCACUCUUGAGGAGAGCCUUGAACGUUUCUGGAAGCUGGAAGAGCUACCAUCGCGCUCCGAUUACUCCGUUGAAGAACGUUACUGCGAGACUUUCUACGCAUCGACCGUCAUGAGGGACGAUACUGGUCGAUACACUGUGCGUUUGCCACGCCAUCCAGAAUUUGAUGCUAGAGUCGGGGAUUCAAAGGCAGCAGCACUUCGAAGAUUUAAACUACUGGAGGAAAGACUCGAACGAAACCCUGCAUUGAAGGACGAGUAUCAUAAAUUCAUGAGGGAGUAUGUCGCACUCGGACACAUGCGUCAAUCAUCCAAAGAAGAUCAACAAAGAUUCAAAGGGUACUACCUUCCCCACCAUCCUGUUGUAAAAGAGGAAAGCAAUACAACAAAGGUCAGAGUAGUAUUUGAUGCAUCCGCUAAGACAUCGACCGGUUUCUCUUUGAACGAUUCGCUUUGUGUUGGGCCUGUGGUGCAGGACGACCUCCUGUCGAUAGUUUUGCGAUUUCGAAAGUACUUGGUGGCUCUCGUUGCGGACAUCGAAAAAAUGUACCGGCAGGUUUCUGUACAACCUGAGGAUGUUCCAUAUCAGCGAAUCUUGUGGCGAUUCGACAAGACAGAACCUAUCCAGAUUUAUGACUUACUGACGGUUACCUAUGGACUCGCACCGUCUUCCUUCUUAGCUACACGCACACUUCAACAGUUGGCUGACGAUGAAGGUGCGGCCUAUCCCACCGCAGAACAAGUUCUUCGAAAAGGUUUCUAUGUUGACGACUGCUUAGGUGGCGAGCAAUCCGUUGAAAAAGCUGUACAAUUACGAGAUGAACUAAUCGAGCUGCUCCAGAAAGGCGGAUUCAGUCUACGCAAAUUCUCAUCCAACAAAUUGGAAGCGCUACAGGGAUUGUCAGCUGAACAAAUAGGAACGCAAUCAUCCCUUACCUUCACCUCACAAGAAACGGUCAAGGCUCUUGGAGUCAUCUGGGAACCUGAACAAGACAUGCUUCGCUUCGAUUCCAAUGUGAAGCAAUCUGAAACCAUCGUAACUAAGAGAUCAAUUUUGUCGUCUAUCUCACAAUCGUUCGACCCCCUUGGAUUAAUAGCACCGGUUGUAAUACGUGGGAAACUGAUCAUGCAAGAGUUGUGGAUGGUGCAAUGUAAAUGGGAUGAACCAGUUCCAAAGAGAAUGGAAGAGAAGUGGGCUGCAUAUUGCAGAGAUCUUCCCAAGAUUACUGAGUUCCGCACCGAACGUUAUGCCUUCCUUCCGAACGCAUCAAUUCAAUUGCACACCUUUUGUGAUGCUUCGGAAGUAGCAUUCGGAGCAUGUGUUUAUGCACGGUCAGUCGACCCACAAGGCAACGUGAGAGUUCAGCUACUUGCGUCUAAAUCACGGGUUGCCACCUUAAAACGCGUUACACUGCCUAGACUCGAACUUUGUGCUGCCGUCAUCGGUGCCCAGCUAAACGCACAUAUAGUACAAGCCCUUCAACUCGAAAUUUCCGAAUCUCGGUUUUGGUCCGACUCAACGGUGACACUCCAAGGGCUGCAGUCCCCACCAAACACUUGGAAGACAUUUGUUGCCAAUAGGGUAUCUGAUAUACAAGCAAGCACACAUGGCUCACAAUGGAGUCACAUCUCCGGCAAGGAGAAUCCGGCUGAUUUGGUAUCCCGAGGAAUGCAAAUAGAUGAUUUUCUUUCGAGUGAGCUGUGGAAAUACGGCUCGCGAUGGCUACGUCAACCACAAUGCGAAUGGCCAGCACCAACAGUACUACCAGCGCUAAGCGACAACAUAGAGAUUAGAAAGGUUUUCGUCGCAGUGGUUCAAACUAAACCGAGUGUCAAUCCGAUGUUUACCCGCUAUUCUUCACUUGAUAGAUGUGUCAGAGCAGAUCCCGUCCCAGUUCAGCAGCGUUUUGGUCAGUUGCCCGUACCCCGAGUCACCGCAAGCCGACCCUUCACCGUCACCGGAGUCGAUUAUGCUGGACCAGUUUACCUCCGAGCACCACACAAACGAGCAUCAUCACCGAAAUCGUACAUCAGCGUAUUUAUAUGCUUUUCGACGAAGGCGGUGCAUCUAGAACUCGUCUCGGAUCUUACAACAGCUGCUUUUCUAGCCGCCUUCCGAAGAUUCACUUCCCGUCGUGGUUUGCCAGCUCAUGUUCACUCCGAUAAUGGAACUAACUUCCAAGGUGCCAAAAAUGAGCUUCGCGAAUUGUACCAACUAUUGGAAGACGAGAAGGAGACGAACAUCAUCCAAUCAAAACUUGCCCGUGAUGGAAUCACCUGGCACUUGAACCCACCGAAAGCGCCACAUUUUGGUGGUCUGUGGGAAGCGGCAGUAAAGGUCGCUAAGAAACAUCUACAUCGUCAAUUGGGAAACUCGCGACUAUGCUUCGAAGAUAUGUGCACCGUGUUAUCCCAAAUUGAAGCGAGCAUGAAUUCCCGACCAUUAGUGCCAUUAACAGAAGACCCGAAUGAUCUCAACGCGCUGACUCCUGCACACUUUCUCAUUGGAGCUACAAUGUAUGCGAUUCCUGAUCCGGACGUGCGGAGCAUACCAAUUAAUCGCCUCGAUCAUUACCAGCGAAUGCAAUUGCUGCAUCAGCAAUUUUGGCACAGGUGGCGUACGGAAUAUUUGCAAGAGUUACAGCGUGAAACGAGCGUUCAUUCUGAGAACACAAGCAUAAGACCCGGACAGUAG